ACGUAAGCGGAAUCAUCUAAUUGAAAAAGGACCGUGAUUAUCUUGCCUUGAUUGCAAUUUCCCCACUACAAAUCCAUUUCAAAUUUCGAAGCAGAGUUGUACAAGAGACUGAGAGGAGAAUCCCCUGCUAAUUGAAUCCUAUAGAACACGACGGAGGGAGAGGUAAGGAAGUCUAAUCUCAUCGCUACCUUCUGUGUCCGAGUGUUUUUUUAGGUUUUUUGUGAGGCGAUCGGAGCAAAAUGGACUGCUUCUUGGGGUGCUUCGGUAUUAAAGAUUGCAGCUGGAGCAAAUCGCUUCCGUUCUCCAGGUUCUUUUUGUGGAAAAAGAGGGAACCGCCGGUGCCCAAGAAUCAGUAUUCUUCUUUGGUUUCAUCUAAAGAGAAAGCCACUCCAUCUAAGAAAGAGGGAGAGGAGAUUUUUCAAGAGAAAUUUGAUGGGGAUGAUUGUGUUCACCAGAAACAAAGGAAAGAGGCAAAACUCCGCAGGACUUGGGGUGCUAUACUUGACAAUAUUGAUGAAUUCCUUCAAGCAUCAGAUCAACACUAUGUAGUUUCUGAUGCAUCUAAAAAGAACUGGGAUAAAAGACAUGAUGAGAGUUCUCAUCCUCUUUCAAAAGUUCCUGAAACUUCAACUAUCUCAGAAGAGAAAUCCAAAAGUUUAUUUAGCUGCCAACUUGAAUAUCAUGAUGAUAAAUCAAGGAAAUCAUUGUUGUUUGAGGAGUUUAAACAUCCUAGAGUUGAAAAAGAGUUGGAAUCUAUCACAUUGGAUAUGUCCCCUCAGAUUGAAAAUAAGAUGCAAGAUUCGCCUUAUCCUACACCAUUGAACUUGGUAGAUGGAAUGCAAACGCCAGGAACUAUAUAUCCACCAAAAUCAGACUAUUUUAGGGCAAGGAUGCUUAGAGCACAAUUUGUUUAUCCAAUUCCAGAUCUCUUUGAGAGUACAUUUGGAUUGAAGGUGGUGAGUGAGGACAGUGAGAAUACAGUAAAGAUGUAUGACAGUCCUACUGUGGAUAGGCCUAUUAUUGGAGCUAUUGCAGGCCCCUGGGAUGAAGAUUUGCUUUCUUUCCUUUCACCAAAAUCGUGCGAAGGCAAUGAAAUUCCGAAUUCCACUGCAAAUUACAAUAAGGAAACUUGAUGGGAAGAUUGAUUGAACUCAAAGCCGAGUAGAUCUGAGAAGCUGGCUGCAUUCUCAAUCAUCUUUGGCUUAAAAAAUGCAAAUUUUUACCAUUGCAUGGUUUGUGAACCAUAAGUUUUGUAUGUUUCAUAUCUGCUUUUACUUUGCGUUAAAGACACUAAUGGGAGAUCUAAAUGAGAUUUUUUUUACUUUGUAAUGCUCCAAACCAUUUCACAAGCUGCUGCUCCAUAGUGGAUAUUAGAAGAUGCAGAUUCUUGCCUCUUCGUUACUCUUCCCUAAUGUCUACUUUGCCUGUUUUUCUUAUUGCAAACAGAUCCUUUUGUUCUGGUUGAUUCUUCUGCUAGAUGACAUUAUGAAUAAUUCAAAAUUUUCAUUUUACCGUUA